AUGGAGAUGAAUGCAGGAAAUGCGAGGAUCCCACGACGUGUUUAUGAAAAUGGAAAUCAACAAUAUUCCAUGAUAGACUUUGCAAAAAGUAAAUACGACAGAAGUCUUGUGCAUAAGUAUCAAGUUGAAAUUUGGCACGGUAAACAAGAAAACAAGUACAUACUGUAUCGUAGUUGGGGUACUUCCAAAGCUCAUAUUAAAUACGAAAAGAAAAAACACUGGAGUUUAGAGACUUGUUUAGUUAAAUUUAAGUUAUUUGUGUCGGCAAAAAUAAAGAAACUAAUUUUUGCAACUCUUGACGCCAAUUAUCGGCCAUGUCAAGUACCACUACCGAUACAAUGUUUGUUAAAAGAUAUUUUGGAUGUAAAUAUUAUCCAGAAAAUUUCAAAGAUUUAUGAUAUUGAUGAAGAAUUGUCAGUCCCAGAAGAUUUAAAAAUUAAUUUAGUAAUGGAAUUCAUGAAUGAGGAUGUUGAGUUUCAGCUUAUCAAUAAGAGCGACAGAAAAUUAUUCCGUAAUCCAAUGAACGUUUAUUACAAAAAUUUGCAUACCACGAUUGAAAUUUUAGAUAAAAAAAGCCCACGGUUUAAAAUGAUUGAGAAGUAUGUCAAAAAUACACAUGCGAUCACGCAUGACCACUAUUCAAUUAAGAUUGACAAUGUUUUUCUUGUUCAACCUCAUGACAUCAAGAAAUACAAAAAAAAUUUGCGCAACAAAAAAUUACUGUGGCAUGGUACAAUAAAGACAAAAAUUUCCUCUAUUUUGGCCAACGGCUUGCAAUUACCCGACCCAUCAGAACGCGGCUUGAUGUUCGGACCAGGGAUCUAUUUUAGUAAUUGCGUAUCAAACGCUGCUAAUUACUGCAACACUGAUGCUAAAGUUCCUAAUGGAGUGUUGUUGCUCUGUGAAGUAGCUCUUGGAACUAUGUUAGAGAAGUUCAGAGCAGAAAAUGAUCUGGUAAAAUUGCCUGAUGACAAACAUUCAGUUUUUAGCAGAGGAGUUCUGACGCCGGAGCCAACCGAAGUGACAAUCAUCCCUCAGAAUGUUGAAGUUCCCUAUGGAAAGUUGGUUACAGUAGAUCUGGCUCGUUCUGCUAAAUUACGUCAUGAUGAGUUUAUUGUUUAUGAUCCUAAUCAAAUUAAAAUUCGUUACAUGCUAACGGUUCAUUUUGAGUACGUUUAG